UAGCCCAACAACAAACCCAUUUUUCAGAAAAUAGGUAAAUCCGGAUCAAACGCCAAAUCCCUAGCUACCCAGAUCGAACUGAUCAAAACCUACCCAAAAUCAUCCACCGACUCAUUUUGAAUUUGAUUCAACGUUAUUCUUGUUUCAUUAUCGUUAAAUUGGUCAAAAUCUGUACUCAAUACCCAAAAAAGAGGUUAUUGUUGUUAAAAUCUGUAAGAAAUCGUAAAAAUAAAGAUGAAUGGCGGGGUAAAUAAGAAAAGCGGUGGAGGUAAAGAAGAAGAACAAGAUGGAUUGUCAGUUCAUUCCCCUUGCAAAGCUCCGAAUUCCUCUGCUUCUUCUCUUCGAAAGGAGCAAUCACAGGUUGAUUUGGAGCUCAAAUUGUUAGAAGCUCUUGAAAUCUAUCCACCUGUAAAAUUACGGGGUAUACACCGACACUUUGUUCUUUAUGGUCUAACAGAAUACAUGCGCAGAAGCUUCAAUAGGCAGUUUUCUGCUUCAGAUGUCUUGCAGAUGCUUGAUCGUUUCUAUAACUUGGAAAUGCUGAAAGCGGAUGAUGAGGAGAUUGGGAUUUUGAAUCAAGUGGAAGAGUUUAGCCUGCCACCUAGUUAUUUUACAAAGGAAGAAUCUUGAAGACAUGAAUGUGAUAGGUUUUGUAAAUAUACACUGUUGCUUGACUUUCUUUGGAAGAUAUCUUCUUGAGCUAGAGUUUUUAUACACAAAACUUGAAUGGGAUCUUGAAUUUUGUUGUCCCUUUAUAUGAUCCGGUUUAUGCAAAUGACAUAUGUCUUUUGUAGUUUGUAAAA